CCAGUCGACUCUCCCCACACACUCAUUCAACACAUUCCCCUUUUUCGUUCAAGUUCCAGUUUUUUUGUAUAAAAAUGAAACAAGAUCAAAUUAUAUUCACGGACCAGCUGCUGCACCAUCGAUGCGUGGCCUCCCGGGUCGAAGAGACGCGCAAAACCUGGGUGGCGACGGAAUCCUGGUUUCCGGUGGCCCAGCAGGAAUACUACUCCCGCUACGGUGAGAUCUACAAGGAGUGCCACGAGCAGUACGGCCCCAGUUUUGAGUACUUUGCCAAGCGGAUUCGCCUGCGAAAAGACUUCCAGGCCAGCACAAAAUCAGCGGCUGAGGAGCGGGAGAGGGAGUCCUUUAUUUCGAUGGAACACCUGAAAGGCUACAAGGUAUCCCCGACCACCAAUGGGGAGUACGGCUUGGUGCUGCCUUCGCGUAUCUUUCACUGCUUCUAAAUUCAACAGUAUCUUUGACAAACAUAGGUCUUUUCUACAGUCUAUUUAGUGCUUUUGGUGGAGGCAUAAAUAGAUUUAUUAAACUCUUUUUUUGGACAAAUGACUGGAAGAAAAUAAUUAACAAUAUAAUAAAAUGUUCCCAACUGCAGA